GUCCUCUUCCGACAGGAACACAGACACAACAGACACAUGGAGAGUUCGGUCAGAGCCCAGACGGGAUAUUUUGUCCUGUAGGGAUUGUUCUGUAAACCUGUUGCUGGAGGGAGGGAAACAGAGGGGCUGUGUGGUGCUGGACACAGGAAUUCCAGGUCACAAGGGCUCCUGUGGCAGAGUACAGUCUUGGCUGGGCUGGGCUGGACUGGUAUUCCACCCUCUCCCUCUCACGGUCAUGAGCAUGAUAGAGGUAGACCUAGGAAGAGGAGAGAAGAGCACUUAAACACUGGAAGGACACUGGAAAAAUCACAUCGCAGGGGCAAACAAGAGACUUUUCAACCCGCUCCAGGGGUUCACAUCCGACUUGACCCCCCUCUUUCUUUGCUCCAUCAUGACGGGACCUUCUGUGGAGUUUGCCUGUUUGUUUCUGGUUGUUUGCGCUCUUGGAGUGAACCACUUGGCGUGCGGGGGGUGUGCGGGGAAAUGCUGUCGGGGCAAAGACUCGAGCUGUGUGACCACUGACUGGAGGAUGGACCGCGUCUAUGGGACGUGCUACUGUGAUGAGCUCUGUGUCAGGACCAAGGACUGCUGCUUUGACUACUUCACCGAGUGCCCAGCUCAGGACUGUGCUGUGAGUGAGUGGAGUUAUUGGAGCGGCUGUGCCAAGCAGUGCCAACCCUCAGUGCGAGUGCGAGUUCGUCACAUCGAGCAGCGGCCCAGGAACGGCGGAGAGCCCUGCCCCGACUUGGAGCAGAAGGCAGGCUGCAGGGAGUACCGAGACCACCAGGGGGGGAACUGUGGACUCAACUCAGGUCCAGCAUUCAUCACCAGCAUUGAGUUCGGUAAGGGACGGCCCAAGCAUGACAGCUAUGGAAACCCCCUGGAUCCUGGGUUCUGUGUGGAGUUCACACUGGAGUCCCGGACACCUCACUGCACAGUGGAGAACCAGCCACACACACACUGGAUGCGCUACAUAACAGAAGGCUUCAAAGUGUGUGUGGCAUGCCAGCCACCUGCCAUGCGUAACAAUAGUGGCAGCUGCCAAGGAGACGGUCAGGAAUCAGACAAAGAAGCUGUGCUCCACUGGCAGGCAGUGGGAAGCCCUCGGUGCAGCGGGACAUGGAAGAAGGUCCAGAAAACCCAGCAGUGCAGCUGCCCGCCACAACACAGCUUCCUGUUCAUCUGAAGCACACAAAACCAUGAGCUGACCCUCCAGUCCGGUGUCCUCAGUAUCGUUUCACAGCCACGGCCAUGCCAUCAGUAGAGCUGACAGGACCAGAGUAUUAAGACACCUAGAUAUGCCAGACACAAUUUUAAAUAUGAAAAGACGUUUGAGACUCGGCUUUGCAAUAACCCAUUAACUGUCUGUUGUAAAGAUGUGACACAAGCAAAAUCAAUGUUUCAGUCAGCGAAAUGAACAUUUGCUAUAAUUCAGUUGAAUGUGAAAUGUCAAAACAAUACCGUAUUUGACAUCUGUACAGCUCUUUCUAGUACAGAACACUGGGCACAUACCACACUUGUUUUGGCAUAACUUUAUUGUAAACAUGCUGCUUUUGUAUUCCACUCUUCUUCAAAAUGAAAUUGCUACAAAAAAGUAUUAACUUAAAAAACAUUACAUCUAAAAAAUAUUUUACUUUUUUUGUUUUGUUUUGGGAAAACAAAACACAUAAGAAACUGUGUUCCUGAGUAUAGAAGUGAACAAAUUGUCCACCUCCACUGCUCUGUGUUGAGCGCCCUCUGGUGGUACUUCAUUUCCAAUGACAGCAUCCAAAGCAUUAUGGGGGAACACAUUCAACAAAUCAUAAAAAAUUAUAGUGCAAUUUUGGCUACUGGUUAAAAAUAAUCUAAUGAAUAAUGCAGUAAAGCUUAUUAAAAAAUAUAUUUAUUAUUUACAGGAAUGUUGUUGUAGCAUAUAAGUUAAAGGGUUCGCUCCCUCCUCAGCUGACUUUUUGUGCCCUCACGAGGACUCUCCAGCGGUCUUUCAGCAUGGUGCCUGUGCGUCCUUCAAAGUCAUAUUCCUGUAAGAUGAGCGACCACUUCCCCGUGCCGUGACGUUUCACGCCAUCCUUUAGGUUCUUGUCCAGCUUGUACGUCCAUUUCUAACCAAGGUGAGGCAUAAACGCAAAGUCACUGGUUGAGAGUUUUUCAGAGAACCUCCAUCCAAACAAAACAUGACUUUUUUCUCAUGAUCUACCUGGGAUUAAAGUGAUAAGCCAACCCUGAACGAUCUCUUCUUAGUUCCACUGACCUUUCUUGGUUUGCUGAUUCUGGAGGCGUUCACUGACUUCUUAGAUGACUCUGGUUGAGUUGUCUCACGAAAUAUUUCUGAAAGAGAGAGAAGUUUUAACAUUCAGUUUAGCUACUGUUGGCUCAUUUUGCUCUGAAAUAAAGAGAGGUACAAUGUUCGGGUGAACACACUGCUAGAUGUUUUAUUUAUUUAUUUUUUUAAAACCCUUGGGGGUACCACAUCUUUUUACUGAUGAAACCCCCCCAAUAAUUGUCCAUGCCAAGCUUUGCACUGACAAAUUUUAACAACCCUGAAUUAAAGUAAUUACUUGCCAACUGUG